UCUUACCUUCAGUUGCCUCUCCUUACUUCAAUCCAAGUUAAACGUGCAAUGUCCACGUAUAACUUGAGGGGGGGAUAUUAGAUAAGGAGAAAAUAAGGCUUACCCAAAAUCAGGAUUGUGAUAGAGUUUGAACUGUAGAGUUCGAUUCGAACUCUUCCUCUUUACUCUAUUUAAACCUCAGAAAUGCAAUUCACGUUGGUGUGUGUUGUUUUUCUCACUAGCUUAACUUUGUUUUACAAGGCCCCCACUCCUUUGAAAAAGAAGCUGUUCUACUGAAAUGACGUGACUCUACUCUUUCCAAAGAUACCAUUUUGAUUUUUGACGUCUUCUUUUGCAGGCGAGCUAUUAAACUUAGCUGCUUGUGCAACGCAAAAGAUAACGUCUUUUACUUUGUUUUACAUCAAGAUCUAAUAAGAAUUCCUUUCCUUCUAAUGAGCACAGCUUUUGAUCAAUUGAUUGAUUUUGAUCUAAUAAGAAUUCGUUCAAGUUACUCAGUUUGGAAGGAGUACAAAUACAAAUAUAUGCACAGUAAACAAACAUACAAAAUAUAAGGUUUUGCACUCUACAUAUUUGUAUUUAUACUCCUUACAAACGCACUCGAAAAACCUAUACAACUUUCUUUUUCUAUUUGGGUGGGAAUGCGAUGUAUUUUGAGUUUUGUUUUCUCAGAGCUCUGAUGCCUGAUUCCUGAUUACUAUCACUGGUUGUGAAAAGAUAUCUCCCAUCUUCUUAAUUUUGGGCGCAGGGGAAGAUAAUUGGGCCUUUGUUCAUCAUGGAGCCAACCAAUAUUGAAGUGGUUUUGCUGCUUCUUUUUGUGGUUUUCUGUUCUCGAGUUGUGCCGGAUGGGGUCACAGAAAACGUUUCUUCCUCAUCAAGACCCUCUGUUGUGAACAUUGGAGCCAUAUUAAGUUUUGACUCUACCAUCGGUAGAGUCGCUAAGAUUGCACUGGAGGCAGCAAUGGACGAUGUCAACUCCAAUUCCAGUGUUCUUCAUGGAACAAAACUGGUUAUCAAGAUGCAAAAUUCCAAUUGCAGUGGGUUCGUUGGCAUUGUUGAAGCUUUGCAAUUCAUGGAGACAAAUACCAUUGCUAUCAUUGGUCCACAAUCUUCUGUAAUUGCCCAGGUAAUAUCACAGGUUGCGAAUGAACUCCAAGUUCCCAUGCUGUCAUUUGCAGCCACGGAUCCCACUCUCUCUUCGCUUCAGUUUCCCUUUUUCAUUAGGACAACACAGAGUGAUCUGUACCAGAUGUCUGCAGUUGCAGAGAUGGUUGAUUACUAUGGUUGGAGAGAGGUCGUCGCUAUUUUUAUUGAUGAUGAUUAUGGGCGGAAUGGGGUGGCAGCAUUAGCCAACAAACUUGCUGAAAGACGAUGUAGAAUUUCUUAUAAAGCUGGAAUUCCCGCAGGCGGUGGAAUCAGUCGUGGUGCCAUCUCAGAUAUUCUCGUUAAGGUAGCUCUAAUGGAGUCUCGGGUUAUUGUUGUCCAUGCCAAUCCUGAUUCAGGCCUCAUGGUUUUCUCUGUGGCACACUAUCUCGGAAUGAUGGAUAAUGGGUAUGUGUGGAUAGCUACUGAUUGGUUGUCUUCUCUUUUAGAUUCUUCUUCUCUUCACCCUUCGCAGAGCAUGGAUUCAGUGCAAGGAGUUCUUACUUUGCGUCAACACACGAUGGAUUCAGAAAGAAAUAGAGCUUUCUUUUCCAGAUGGAAGAGGUUGACUGGUGGUUCUUCCUUCGGCUUGAAUUCUUACGGCCUCUAUGCUUACGAUACCGUGUGGCUGGUUGCUCAUGCGAUUGAUGCAUUCUUUGGUCAGGGUGGAACCAUCUCAUUUUCUAAUGAUGCAAAGAUACGAGAUGCAGAGGGGGGUGGCCUGCACCUUGAAGCAAUGAAAAUCUUCGAUGGAGGGAAGAAGCUGCUGAGCAAUAUACAAGAGACGGAUAUAAUUGGUUUAACCGGACAAAUGAAGUUUCAACCAGACGGAUCUCUGUUUCGUCCUGCAUAUGAUAUCAUCAACGUGAUUGGAACUGGAUAUCGACUAAUAGGUUAUUGGUCUAAUCAUUCUGGGUUAUCUGUGGUGCCGCCGGAGGCACUCUACGAAAAACCACCCAAUCGCUCUUAUGCAAACCAGCAACUUUUAUCUGCAAUUUGGCCUGGGGAAGCAACAACAAAGCCCCGUGGUUGGGUUUUUCCCAACCAUGGCAAGGAGUUGAGAAUUGGGGUUCCAAAGCGAGUUGGGUUCAGGGAAUUCGUCUCGCAGGUGAGAGGUACCAAUUUGACGAAGGGUUUCUGCAUAGAUGUGUUUACUGCUGCUGUAAACUUGUUACCAUAUGGUGUUCCAUAUAGAUUCAUCCCCUACGGUGAUGGUCUCAAAAACCCAAGCUACACCGAGCUUGUGAAUCUGAUCACAUCAGAUGUCUUUGAUGCUGUUGUCGGGGACAUUACAAUCGUCACAAAUAGGACAAAAAUUGUGGACUAUACACAGCCAUACAUCAUGUCUGGGCUUGUUGUAGUGGCUCCAAUUAGGAAUUUGAAGUCGGGUGCCUGGGCUUUUCUGCGGCCAUUUACUCCAGCAAUAUGUUGUGCCACUGGUGCUUUUUCUCUUCUCGUUGGAGCAGUUAUUUGGCUUGUGGAACAUAGGACGAAUGAUGAGUUCAGAGGUCCACCCAGGAAACAAAUCAUUACUACUUUGUGGUUUAGCUUAUCAAGUUUAAUUUUCCCGCAUAGACACAGCACAAUGAGCAGCCUGGGCAGAUUUGUGAUUACCAUAUGGCUUUUUGUGGCUCUGAUCGUCAAGGCGAGCUACAUUGCGAGCCUGACCUCAAUCCUCACAGUGCAUGAGAUGUCUUCACCUAUAAGAGGAAUUGAGAGCUUGAGAAAAGGUGGUGGCCGUAUUGGAUAUCAAGUGGGAUCCUUUUCUGAACAUUAUCUGACAGAGCAGCUUGGCAUAUCUAAAUCUAGGCUUCUCCCUCUGGGUUCAGCAGAAGAGUAUGCUUUAGCACUCGAACGUGGUCCUGGAAAAGGAGGAGGUGUGGCUGCUGUGGUCGAUGAAUUUCCUUAUGUCAACCUCUUCCUCUCCACCCACUGCAAAUUCAGAAUUGUAGGUCAACCGUUUACCAAGAGCGGAUGGGGGUUUGCCUUUCGACGGGACUCUCCUUUGGCUGUGGAUUUGUCGACUGCAAUUCUGAGACUAUCAGAGAAUGGGGAUCUUCAGAGGAUCUAUGACAAGUGGCUAAAAAGAAGCAUUUGCAGUUUGGUUGUUACAGAGUUUGAAGCCAACCGACUCCACCUCAAGAGCUUCAGGGGCCUUUUUAUCAUGUGUGGCCUGGCGUUCUUUCUUGCACUCGUUAUUUACUGCUUGUUGAUUAUAAGAAAGUUUAUUCGUUACCACCCUGAGGAAUCUGAUUCCACAGGCCAAGGUGGCUCUAGGUAUAGGCUUCUUUUUAAAUUCAUAUCCUUUCUUAAUAAGAAGGAAGACCGUUCAGAGACGAGGCCUAAGAGAAGACAAUCAGAUGAGACCUCAACUGAUGACGAUGACAACGAAGAUGAGUUUGGGAGAAAUCCCAAGAGAACAAAAAGACAAAUUUCUCCAUAUAUAUAGGCAAUUAACUUGCUUUGAUAUGUUCGAAUUGUGUAUGAGUGAUUAAUCCUACUACUGGUAUUGGAGAUCACUGGAAAGAGAAAAAGUAUAUCUGAACGGAAGCCAUUAAAUUUCUUCUUUCCGCACAAAAUGUCUCUCCUACUUGUAAAGUUAUAAUACAUGUAUAUUUUAUGGUGUAUCCAUGC